UUCUGUGGAUUUCUGGAGACCUGAAACUAGAAGUUUUAUAUUCUCAUUUCCUAACGGUGAAACAAUAGAUAAUGCAAUUUUAAGUAGAAUUAAUCCAUACUAUACCAAGUAUGCGAUGUUUAUUAGAAAAAUCGGAGGACCAGAAUUCGGCAGUCAUGAUUUCUACAUGAGCGAUGAAUUCGACUCAAAAUAUGGUGUAAGAUGUAGGAAAACAUACUAUUUAAAGAAAAUACGAGAUAGCGAAGAGAGUUUUGCAGUGGAUGAAUAUGAAUUAUUUAGAUUGGUUCGAAAGUGA